CCAAUCCACAUUAUUCACAACAUAUAUAUAUAAUCAUACAACAUAAUGACUGAACAAGAAGCUUCAGAAUCUUUAUUCGAUACUAAAUUCACCUCAGACGCAUCAAUUGAUACUUCAAUCUUGCCUUCAACAGAAGAAAACACCACUGCCAUAAUAGGUUUCCGUGUCUUGGUAUCUGUUAAAGAAGCUGGUAUUGUGAUCGGUAAGAAUGGAUCCGUCAUUGCAGAUAUAAGAGAUCAAACUGGUGUUAAAGCUGGUGUCUCCCCAGUUAUUCAAGGUUGUCCAGAUAGAAUUUUAACUGUCACUGGUCCUUUAGAUUCAACUUGUCAAGCUUUAGGUUUAAUUGCUAAAGCUUUAGUAUCUUCUCCAUUAGAUGAUUCUUUAUUCCAAUAUUUCCCAUUAAAACGUUUAUUACCACCAGGUAUUGAAGGUUCAACAAGUCUAAGAUUAUUGAUCCCAAAUGCUCAAAUGGGGACUAUUAUCGGUCGUCAAGGUGCUAGAAUUAAAGCAUUACAAGAAAAUUUCAACGUGAGAUUAGUUGCUUCAAAAGAUUUCUUACACAAUUCUACUGAAAGAUUAGUUGAAUUACAAGGUUUACCUGAAGAAAUUGAAUCAUCUACUAAAAUAAUUGCACGUUGUUUGAUUGAAGACUGGCACAGUGCUGCUGGUACUACUUUUUACACACCAACUCCAAGAACCCCAAGACGUUCAAAUUAUAGCAGCUCUUCUUCAAAUACAUCAACAUCUAAUCAAUCAAACUCAACACCAGGUGAUGUUAGUAGAACUGUUAAUUUCCCAAGUGAAUAUGUUGGUUGUUUAAUUGGUAAAGCCGGUUCAAGAAUUCAAGAAAUUAGAAAAGUCUCAGGUGCCCAAAUUACAAUUGCCAGUGAAGAUGAUGAAAGUGGUGAACGUACUUUCACUUUAUCAGGUUCUAAUAGAUCUGUCGGUAAGGCUUUGUCCUUUUUACAACAAAAUUUGGAAAGAGAAAAACAACGUCGUGAAAGAAUUGCUGCUGGUGAUGAGUAAUUCAUGCUUGCUCUAUCCUUGAUGACAAUGACUACUAGUGUUACGUCCUGAUAAUUUAUGUUUGUCUCCUCUUCUUUUGUCAUGCCGUUGUGUUUUAUUUUGGUUUGAAAGUGCUCUGUUGUGUUUUUUUUCUAUUAUAUUUUUUUCGAAGUGAGAUGGUGACUUCCUCAAUGGACAUUUGUACAGAAUGUGAAUUUCAAUUAGUUUUUUCAUGGCUCACCAUUCUGUGUGUUUCUUUUUAUUUCUACUCCUAUAUAUAAGCCUUUGCUACUUUCCCACUUCUUUCUUGAUGUUUCUUUGAUGCUUU